UUAAAAAUUAUGAUCAGAGCCUUUUGUUUUGGGUCACAAAGCAGCCUUUUGUACUUGAGUCCUUCCUCCUACUUCUUCAUAGUGAGCAGGAAUCAGGACAAACAGGAAACCUGAUCCACCAACUAGCAGAGUCAGAGUCCCCUCCCUGUUGCUCUUUCUUCUCACGCCUGCAGCGCAAAACCACUCAGCAAACCACAACCGCUGCUACCUUUACAGCCGAGUGAAAGCUUAUGGUCAAAAUGAUCUUCAGCUCAGCUGAAGGUGGAUUUUGUUGCUGUCUUUGACUUGGUGGAAAACUUAAAUACACGCCUUGGAUUUGUUUUUUGGCAACAUGCAGACGCAGCUCGUUGCUGUGUGUUUGGCAAUCGUUGGCUUUCUUGGCACCAUCCUUAUCUGUGGACUGCCCAUGUGGAAGGUGACAGCCUUUGUUGGAGCGAACAUCAUCACCUCUCAAGUCUUCUGGGAAGGUUUAUGGAUGAAUUGUGUGAUCCAGAGCACUGGUCAAUCACAGUGUAAGGCCUACGACUCUAUUUUGGCUUUACCACAGGAUCUACAGGUUUCCAGGGCUCUGAUCUGUGUCUCCAUCGCUGUCAGCGUGGUGGCCAUCGGACUCACUGUGGUCGGGGCCCGCUGCACCAACUUCUUUCGUGGCGACUGGCUCACCAAAGCUAAUAUUGGCCUGGCUGGAGGUCUGUUGUUUAUAUUAGCAGGGCUUCUUUGUGUUAUUCCUGUCAGCUGGUCGGCUUACAGCAUCAUCACUGGUUUCUACAACCCCCUGCCCACCUCAGAGAGGAGGGGAGAGCUCGGGGCUUCCAUAUAUGUGGGCUGGGCGUCUGGAGCUCUACUCAUCAUCAGUGGAGGGGUGUUGUGUAGCACCUACAGAUGCUGAGGAUGAGGAGAAGAGAGAGAGGAGGAGAGUACACAACGCUAUAAGUCAAAUACAAGCUGAUGUUCAAAAUGUGCAGUUAUGUUUAUAAUGUGAUGGACUUUCUCUGCUUCAGUCUUUAAUAAAAGCUACUUUUUCAACAUUUGUUUCAACCUUAGUUAAAUGCUCUUUGACAACUAAUCUUUGUAAAAUAUGAAAGUGUGUAGCAUAUUGAAGUGUUGUACGACCAGCGCUUGCGAAGUGAAGAAUGAAAAAAUGGAGUCUGGUUGAGCCGAUAAAAAAAUGUUUAAUGCAGAGAUCUGAGUUUAUGGGGUGUGUUUUAGUAUGUGCAGAACACAUUAUAAAUGCUGCAAGAAUAGUUAGACCUUUAAAGACCAGUGAUGUCAUUUUUACACAAUUUCUUAAACAGUACUUUUUUACUGUGUGGUGAUGAAAUGUGUCUUUGUUUGCAACAGUUUGAAAGUUUCACUUAUUUUGGGAAUUUCAGAGACAACGUUCUGGAAAUAAACCAGCUAAAUAAAAAGUAAUUAUUACUCUUUUAUCACAUGACAGUUGUGAAAUAAGAUGAAUUGUACUGGAAACAACUUAAAUGUCUUCCCAUCUUUUAUCCUCAGUAUUGAGUAAUAACAAUAUGUUUGCUGUUGCUUUGCAUGCUUUGCCAUGUCAAGUGGAGGAAACUAUGAAUGUAUGUUUGUAUCUUAACAAAUCAAUAAAUUCACCCUGUAUAUUUGUA